AUAAGUUCAAUUAACGCGCCUCCGACAAGCUGACGAUCGAGUGCAGUUGUCUUAAUCCAGUACAUUUCGCUAGUCUUAUUCAAGUGUUCAACCCUUGGAUUAUUCUGGAUAAAUGAAGCCCUCCUCAUCAAGGAAGCUCUCAAUCAAGACAUGUAUCUUCGCAAGCGUUCUGUUCAUAAUCCGCCUGAGACUAGCUCAUGGGGAAUCGGAUGUGAUAAAUACGCUCUUCGCUAAUUACGACAAAGCGUUAAGACCGUACUAUGAAAAGGGAACGCCAACAUUCGUCAACUGCACUCUGCUUAUCGAGUCGUUUGGAAACAUCGAAGAAGCCAACAUGGAGUAUAGAGUGUACGCCUAUUUCCACUUAGCUUGGAAAGAUCCUCGCUUGAGUGGAAAGCUCAACCGCACCAUUAACUUAAAGGGAGAUCAAAUAACCAACGUUUGGGUCCCAGAUCCCUAUUGCUACAACGCACGCGAGUCAAACAUGAUGAGCCCGGAUGAGGAAACUCACAGCAAUCUGAAAAUUAAACCUGAUGGAGAGAUAUACUAUAGUAGAGGGUUAACUUUGCUGGCCUCGUGCAGCAUGGAUUUAAAAUAUUUUCCAUUGGAUUCUCAGAUGUGCUUUCUCAAGUUUGGAAGUUAUGGUCACACUGUGGAAGACAUCAUAUUCAAGUGGGCUCCGGGAGAAACUGACAUCGGGAUUGGACGUGAAGAAUUGGCUCAGUUUGUGUAUACGGGUUCCUCACUGGAGUCUGGUGUGGCUGAUAUUUCCACAGGUAAUUACUCAACCAUAACCGCCAAGUUCUCAUUUAAGCGGCGCAUCGGCUAUUAUCUGAUCCAAGUGUACUUCCCGGACGUUUUCGUUGUGGUACUUAGCUGGAUUGUCUUCUGGAUGGAAAAAGACGACAUAGGAAACAGAAUGGCCUUGGGAAUCACCACCAUUCUAACCAUGAUGUUUCUUCUUGGAUCCUUGAAUGGAAACUUGCCUAAAGUGAGCUAUCCAAAGGCUCUGGACUGGUAUCUUUUGUUUUCAUUCAGCUUCGUAUUCCUGUCUUUGAUUGAAAGCACAGUCGUGUUCCUUUUCGCAGGGAAAGCUAACAAGAACGAAAAGAUUAAAUGCAAGAAACACACCAUUCCUCUCACGACAAGAAUUGCCUCAUCAUUGAAAUGCUUUGUCCGUUCGAAGAGCGCAGAUGUCAACAACGCUAGCGAUGAUUACAAAGGAGUAUCUGAAAACGACCUCGAAAUGGGUUUCCGCCCAAGUAAAGCUGACAAGGCCUUGGUGGAUGACGCAGAAGCAGAAGUCCCACACAACAGGAGCACCAAGAUCAAACGGAUGGAGAAAAAAGCCAGCAAUAUCGACCGUGUGUCACGCAUCCUGUUUCCACUAGUUUUCCUUGUAUUCAACCUAUUUUACUGGACAUUUUUCAAUGGUCAUGUGGUUCAACAGCAGUAGCUCAUGUGUUUUCAACCCCAGUGUGAUUUUUUCUAGCUUUCAAGUGAAGAGGUGCACCUCACGUACACUUUGAAUGAAGUCUGAUUAUGGGCGCUAAUAAAACACUGUAGAACACAAAGAGAGCAUGGAAAAUAAAAUGGACUAUUACCGAAAAUCGUAACGCUAUGUAACUCUGAACGUUAAACUGUUAGCUUUAACUAAAGACAAAGGAUUGUCACAUUAUGACACGCCAGGAAGAAGGAAAGUUUGGAAAGCAAAGUAUUAUGGUAGGUUUCCUUCUUGGCCAAAACAAACCUUACACGUAAAAAACUAGGGGAACAAAUCGAAAAAUUAAAAAAUCAAAACAAAACACGACUAAAAAGCCCGCGCGUAAUCUAUUGGUUUAGCCGAUACGCUGAAUACAUAAUGUUUAGUUAUAUGAAAACAGUUAUACAAAUAGAUGUAACAUAUGUUGAAAGUGUACGUGUAUUUGAGUUUUGCUGAUAUCUAAAUUCCAUCGAAUAGAAAUAUUAACGUGCA